AUGGCUCCUUCACACCGUCGCGGCCCUUGGGUUCCUGAAGAGGACCAAUUGCUCCUGCAGCUCGUCCGUGAGCAAGGUCCUAACAACUGGGUCCGCAUCUCUCAACACAUUCACUUUCGUUCUCCCAAGCAAUGCCGCGAACGUUUCCACCAAAACCUCAAGCCGUCCUUGAACCGCGAACCUAUCUCUGCGGACGAGGGGCUUAUGAUUGAACGGAUGGUCGGUGAGAUGGGAAAGCGAUGGGCUGAGAUCGCUCGCCGCCUAGGGAAUCGAAGUGACAAUGCCGUGAAGAAUUGGUGGAAUGGGAGCAUGAACCGCAAGCGCCGUGGCCUCGCAACGCCCACUCUGUCUCGCACCUACACUGGCCGAGUCGAGCCCUCAUACCCUCGUGCUUCAGCCUUGAGCCCAUCUCGACCUCGCUUCAGCUCUCGCCCGUGGGCCGACUCCGAUUCCGUCCACUACACUCGCCGCGACUCCGUAUCUACUGCUCGCCACCUCUCCCCCAUCUACACUCUCCCCUCUAUCAACCGCCCUAUCGACGCGCCAUUGACCUCGCCUGCCUUCUCCGAAGCUUCUAAUGCUACCUCCGUCGAACCACCUUCCAUGGUGUCGGACCACAACUCGGUCUCUUCAUCACCACGCACUCUCCCCUCCCCACAGAUGCUCCCCUUGCCUAUCGAUCUACGAUCACAUUAUGACGCCCGCCGUCAAAGCGUGGCGUCGGUGCAAGUGGUUGACAACUCACCGAACUAUCCUGCUCGGGCCCUAGAAUCUCUCCCCGACAUGGCUUCAAAACGGCCUUGGGUCGACUACCACCAGUCAACCAUGGCCUCAUGGCACCAACCAGCCGAUUCCCUCCCCAAACCAUGGGAGUCAAGGCCCGAGUCUUCCAAAGACACCCGUAUGGGAGUCAACAAUCUCCUGAACUAA